CACCCCGCCAUGCCCCAGCCCCUGGCCCUGCCCCUCUGGCUCCUUGCAGCCGCCGCCUGUGCCCGCUGUGCUGGCGCCUUCGGCUUCACCUGGUGCCUGCUGCCCUACGAGCUGCCAGGCUACGCCAGCUGUGCCGGGCGCGGCAUCACCCAGCUGGGCCCGGCCAUCGCCCCGCUGCCCAACUCCACCCUCUGGCUCAACGCCUCCCAGAACGCCCUGCAGGGCCUGGCGCCCGCCACCUUCGCCCACCUGCCCCGCCUGCGGGAGCUGCGGCUCGACCGCAACCGCAUCCGCGCCCUGCAGACCGGCGCCUUCCAGGGCCUGCGGGAGCUGGAGCUGUUGGAUCUCAGCCAGAACCGGCUGGCGGCCCUGGGCCCCACGGCGCUGGCGGAGCUGACGGGCCUGCGGGUGCUGCUUCUGGGGGGCAACGCCCUGGCCGCCCUCCACCCCACCGCCCUGGCGGCCCAGCCCGGCCUGCAGGAGCUCCACCUGCCCCACAACCAGCUCUCCCGGCUCCAGGAGGUGGCCACGGCCGCCGGGAAAUUGGCCAACCUCUCCAUCCUCGACCUGGACUCCAACCGGAUCUCCGCCCCGUGCCCCGGCCCCGGCCUGCUCUCCAUGCCCUUCCUGCGGGACCUCAACCUGCGGAACAACAGCAUCGCCUGGCUGGAUCUCGCCCGCUGCUCCCUACCCAGCCUGCGCUCGCUCAACCUGACCCGCAACAACAUGAGCCGGCUGGCGGCCGGUUCCUUCCGCGCUGCGCCCGGCCUGGAGAAGCUGAGUUUGGACGAAAACCCCCUCAGCAUCUCCCAUCUUCUGGGCCUGCCAUUGCCCAACCUUACAGCCCUGCACUGGUCCAGCAUGCGCCCGGCGCUGGACUCGGACCUGGGGCUGGCCUGCCAGGUCCUGGAGAGCCUGCCUGCGCUGACCAGCCUGGACAUCAAACACUCCAAGGUCCCGCCGUCCCGGCUGGCCCAACUGGGCGCCUGCACCAACCUGACCUGGCUGGACCUGUCCACCACCCCGCUGAGCCGGCUUCAGGAGGGUGUCUUCCGCUCGUUCCCCCGCCUGGAGUCCCUCUUGCUGGACAAGUGCAAGGUCCAGGAGCUGAAGCAGAGCGCCUGGGGUGGGUCGCUGCCCCGGCUCCGGGUCCUCGUCCUGCGGCGCAACCACCUCACCAAGCUGGAAGACGGCGUCUUCCGGCCCCUCAGCGCCUUGACCCACCUGGACCUGUCCAGGAACCGCCUGACCUACCUCUACAAGGGGACCUUUCUGGGCAUGGCCUCCCUGAGGACCCUGCUGCUGCAGGGCUGCCAGCUGGCAUCCGUCACCCGUGACACCUUGGUCUACGCCCGCAAGGUGGAGACCUUGGACCUGAGCGACAACAACCUCAGGUACAUCAAGGCGUCCGCCUUCCAGAGCCUCCACCAUCUCCACACCUUGCUGCUCUCCGGCAACCGCAUCCUCACCCUCCAGAAAUGGGCCUUCAAGGGGCUCACCUCCCUCCGCCACCUCUCGCUGGCCCAGAACGGUCUCUACAAACUCUCCCAGGGCUCCUUCUUGGGCCUGAAGGCCCUGGAGACCCUGGACCUCAGCCGCAACCGCCUCCUGGCCUACGACAAGUACGACUCGCCCGCCCCCUUCGCCGGCCUGCCGGCCCUGCGGGGCCUGGAUCUCAGCUCGCAGGAGGCCCGGCCCCCCGUCCGGCUGCCCUCCCAACUCUUCCAAGGGCUGGGGAACCUCCAGGAGCUCAACCUGAGGGACAACCCUGGCGGCGUCUUCCUCAACCUCUCGCUGGCUCCCUUGACUGGCCUCCUCUCCCUGGAUCUCUCCGACAUCUACCCCAGCCGGGAAGGGCUCUUCAGCCUCCGCCCGGGGCUCUUCCGAGGCCUGGGCAGCCUCCGGUGGCUCAGGCUGGACGGCAGCUCCCUCCGGGACCUGCCCGGCGAGGUCUUCUCCAGCCUGGUCUCCCUGGAGUGGCUCUCGCUGCGGGAGAACGGGCUGCGCAACGUGAGCCGGGCCCCGCUGGCCGGCCUGCCUGCGUUGCGCUUCCUGGACGUGGCCGGGAACCCCUUGGCCUGCUCCUGCGAGAACACCUGGUUCCAGAACUGGUCGGCGGCGGAGCCGAGGGUCCAG